GCUAUUUUCUCUCAGGAGGACCUAAGGACACUGACAUAGAAGAUGUGUGAGGAAGAGGACAGCACUGCCCUUGUUUGUGACAAUGGGUCCGGGCUCUGUAAAGCUGGCUUUGCUGGGGAUGACGCUCCAAGAGCAGUUUUCCCUUCCAUUGUGGGUCGCCCCAGGCACCAGGGUGUGAUGGUCGGCAUGGGUCAAAAAGACAGCUAUGUAGGAGACGAGGCUCAAAGCAAGAGAGGAAUCCUGACCCUGAAGUACCCCAUAGAGCACGGCAUCAUUACAAACUGGGAUGACAUGGAGAAGAUCUGGCACCACUCUUUCUAUAAUGAGCUCCGUGUUGCACCUGAAGAACAUCCGACUCUGCUGACAGAAGCACCACUGAAUCCCAAAGCCAAUCGAGAGAAGAUGACCCAGAUCAUGUUUGAGACAUUCAAUGUACCAGCCAUGUAUGUAGCUAUUCAAGCUGUUCUGUCCCUCUACGCUUCUGGACGUACCACAGGGAUUGUGCUUGACUCGGGGGAUGGUGUCACCCACAACGUGCCAAUAUAUGAGGGCUAUGCCUUGCCUCAUGCCAUCAUGCGUCUGGACCUGGCUGGCCGUGAUCUGACAGACUACCUCAUGAAAAUCCUGACCGAACGGGGCUAUUCCUUUGUGACCACUGCGGAGCGUGAAAUUGUCCGUGACAUCAAGGAGAAGCUGUGCUACGUGGCUCUGGACUUUGAAAAUGAGAUGGCCACAGCUGCCUCAUCCUCCUCUCUGGAAAAGAGCUAUGAACUUCCUGAUGGUCAGGUGAUUACUAUCGGAAACGAACGCUUCCGCUGCCCAGAGACCCUCUUCCAGCCAUCUUUCAUUGGCAUGGAGUCUGCUGGCAUUCAUGAAACUACUUACAACAGCAUCAUGAAGUGCGACAUAGACAUCAGAAAGGAUCUUUAUGCCAACAAUGUGCUGUCUGGUGGCACUACCAUGUACCCAGGCAUUGCUGACAGGAUGCAGAAGGAAAUAACUGCUCUUGCUCCCAGCACUAUGAAGAUCAAGAUUAUUGCUCCUCCUGAACGUAAAUACUCGGUCUGGAUUGGAGGUUCUAUUCUCGCCUCCCUGUCCACGUUCCAGCAGAUGUGGAUCAGCAAACAGGAGUACGACGAAGCAGGCCCAUCCAUUGUUCACCGCAAAUGCUUUUAAAUUGCUUUACAUGUUUCUUUAGUGUAUUACUGUGAAUGUAUUCAGGAAGAUACAUUCUUAUAACUUCAUUCCAUAAAUCUUUUAUCAUAAUGACUCUGAUUAAUUGGAUACUAUGUAUUUUUUGGAAUAAAUAUAAAGAUGCUA